AUGCGGUGGACACUGUUCCUACCUCACUUGGGCCUGGCAGCAGCAUGGGUAGCUCAACCCCAGCACACGCAAGCUGGAUAUCUAGCGCGACGACAGUAUUCGGUGUCGGCUCCAUGUGUUGCUAGUACCCUCACGGUCACUGAAACAACAACACAAAGCUUUGGCUCGCCUGCUGAGACAGUUACUGUCACAUUGGUACGCCGCUUCACCACCGUGACCGUAACGCAGUUCUAUUCAGACUCUGUUUCGUACGUGGAUGCUGGGCCUGCUACCUCGACAUCAAGUCCUGUUGCGACUUUGACCUCACCACCAAUAACAAGUAGCGCACCGUUGGCAACUUACGCUCCUGCAGUCGUUGAAUCUUAUAGUGAAAUCGACUUUACCAGCACCAGCACCUUUUACACUACCGAUAUUAUAACCGAAACUGAAUGCACAUGUACAGAAACCGACACCACGACUACAAGCAUUAGUACUUAUCCUGUUUCCCCGAUUAGCUAUACUGUGACUACUACCUAUAUCACUACGUAUACAACGGUACUCACAUCAACAGUCCCAACCACGAUUUCUGAUACGAUCACUACAACUGCAACAACCGAUAUUACAUUUACAGCUACAGCCACAAUAUGCACCACGAGCAUUUCAGUUAGUACUGCUACUGUUACCGAUAUCAUCACCGACACUGUUUUGAACCCAACAACAGUCACAUAUCCAGUGACCAACACUGUCUCGGUAACUCUGACGCCUAGUGUCAGAACGAUAACAGACUCCGAGACAGAAACUGCGUCAGUAACUGUCACCGAUGCUACUACGGCAACAGCAACGAUUCUUACAACCGUCAGUACAACAUAUACAACAACUCUGCCUGCAUCCACUAUCACCGAUGUUAGUACACUUCCUGGUAGUACGAUUACGGUUUCCAAGUCUAUUGUGACUCUACCACCAAAUACGGUCACUAUCACAAGUAGUCUUCCAGGAACCACAAGUACCGUCACUACGGUGGUUACUAAACCAGUUACAACUACUACUUCAUACAGCAUCUCAGUCUGUCCAAGCCGCAUUGUCAACCCUACCUACACAGCACCAGGACCUCUACCAACAGACUACACCUGGGGUUGCAAGCCCGGCUUCCUAUGCCAUCCAAAGAACAAACCGCCUGGUGGUGGUGAUUGCAACUUUGAAUCGGGCCCACCAGCCGAUACAUACUACUGUUCACCGGAUGAAUGUAUCCCAAGCCCGAAUCUUAUCCCGGAUCCUGACAAAACAUGGGGUGAUGGGUACAAAUCAGACAAAGUUGGCACAUACCCUGUGACUCCCGGAUACUUUAAUCUCGACCCGAAGAACUUUGGGCUUAAUUACAGCGUAUUCACUUUUCCAAGGGGGACAGAAGUGACAUACGAUGACCUUGAUCUUUGGCUUGAAGUUGAAAUCGAUGUCGACACCGGUAUACUGAAGAAGAGACAACAAGGUGGUGGAGACACUUAUCCAGCCGCAUGCUACCAAGAAUGUGACGAUGCAGAAACUGUUGGCCAAAGUGUGGGGAAAACCCCAGCCCUUUGUCUCACCUCGAUGUUUUUGGGUGACGUGAACAGCUGCCACGCUUGCAUUGAGUUCCACGCGUCCGACAAGAACAAAAUAUUUCCAUUGCCAGAUUUCCAACAAUACCUAGAUUAUUGCAGUACAAUAACCAGUACUACCACAACGACGACGACCACUUCAACCAGUGUGUCAGUGACGAAACCUACUGUACCUAUAGGGGUUUCUACAGGCAGUACGACUACUACACGAACCAGUAUCUCCGAGACUACCUCAGUAUCGAGGUCUUCAACAACUACAACUAGCACAGUGACAACUUCUAAAACUUCUAUCAGCACAUCUGUCCCGCCUUCGACUAGUUCCAGCACUAGCUUCACGACGACAGUGUCGACCAGUUCAGUAUCAUCUACUAGUGGCACCCAAAGUAUUUCAACUAGCGGAGGGACUACCGGUCCUCAAAUCUCCACAACCGCAUCAACAAGCACGGGACCAACAAGCACGGGAUCAAGUAGCACUAGCAGUGGUACUGGAAGCAUAUCCAGCGGAGGCAUCAGUAGUCUUGCUUCUACAACAACAAUUUCCACUACCACAGCACUCCCAGGCAAUGGGGGAAGUGCUCCUAAUAGCCAAAGUCCCACCUCUGGCAGUGUCAGUCCCAGUGGAAGCCAAAUACCUACUCGCUCUGGUCCAGCAUCACCGAGCUCCACAACACCAGUGUUCCCUGGUGCUGCUCCUCUCACACGCGCGGUUUCUACUCGGUGGCUAGUCCCAUUCUGCUUUGCAUUGGGGCUGAUGACUACUUUCCUCUAG